AUGGAGACGCCCAUUAGCUCGUGGCUGCCCAACAUAAAUAUCCUCAUUUAUCCGUACAGUGAAGACAGCCGCCAGGGCAAGCAGUACAUGACCACCAGAUGCCCCGCCUGGUGCGACCGGGUCCUCAUGUCUCCCUCUGCACGAGACCUGGUUUUUAAGCCUGAAAACGAAGAGAAGUCGAUAGUGUAUGAUAACAUCGGGCCCAACGUCUGCAUGGGGGACCACAAGCCCGUCUUCCUGUCCUUCCGAACAGCAGCAGGGGCAGUGACGUCGCGGAAAGUGUUGCCAAAGGGGGGAGCAGAUUCUGCGCGAAGCCCCCGUGUGAAGCCCCCGUGUGAAGCCCCCGUGCUGUAUCUGAAUAUACAGAGAUACUGGAGGCCCCUGGACUCUGUGGAGGAGGUGAGGGCCCGGAGGCCCCUGGACUCUGUGGAGGAGGUGAGGGACAGGAGGCCCCUGGACUCUGUGGAGGAGGUGAGGGACAGGAGGCCCCUGGACUCUGUGGAGGAGGUGAGGGACAGGAGGCCCCUGGACUCUGUGGAGGAGGUGAGGAACAGGAGGCCCCUGGACUCUGUGGAGGAGGUGAGGGCCCGGAGGCCCCUGGACUCUGUGGAGGAGGUGAGGGACAGGAGGCCCCUGGACUCUGUGGAGGAGGUGAGGAACAGGAGGCCCCUGGACUCUGUGGAGGAGGUGAGGGACAGGAGGCCCCUGGACUCUGUGGAGGAGGUGAGGGACAGGAGGCCCCUGGACUCUGUGGAGGAGGUGAGGGACAGGAGGCCCCUGGACUCUGUGGAGGAGGUGAGGAACAGGAGGCCCCUGGACUCUGUGGAGGAGGUGAGGGCCCGGAGGCCCCUGGACUCUGUGGAGGAGGUGAGGGACAGGAGGCCCCUGGACUCUGUGGAGGAGGUGAGGAACAGGAGGCCCCUGGACUCUGUGGAGGAGGUGAGGGACAGGAGGCCCCUGGACUCUGUGGAGGAGGUGAGGGACAGGAGGCCCCUGGACUCUGUGGAGGAGGUGAGGGACAGGAGGCCCCUGGACUCUGUGGAGGAGGGGUCAGAGCAGGUGCAAAGGGCCGCGGUAGAGUGCGUUAAAAGUCUCUGA